AUGAAACGGUGGGGAAGAUCAGUGUGGCCAUUGGCAGGCAUCCUCCUGGUCUGUCUGAUGAUGCUGUGCUACCGACCGGUGUCCGCUGGCAACCGUAACCUCCGGGGACAGGCAGCUCAGUACCAGGUGAAACAGGGUACCUGUGAGGUGGUGGCCAUCCAUCGCUGCUGUAACAAGAACAGGAUCGAGGAACGCUCUCAGACGGUCAAAUGCUCCUGCUUUCCCGGCCAGGUCGCUGGGACGACGAGAGCGCAGCCCUCCUGCGUAGAAGCCUCCAUCGUGCUGCAGAAGUGGUGGUGUCAGAUGCACCCCUGUCUGGAUGGAGAGGAGUGUAAAGUGCUUCCGGAUCUCACUGGCUGGUCCUGCAGCACUGGAAACAAAGUCAAGACAACCAAGGUUACACGGUAGCAAGGAAACUGCUCACCAGCUAUGAAACCUAAGACUUAAUAUAUUUAACUUCCAUGUCUAAACAAGAGGCAAUCCACACAUCUGAACAAUGCCAGUCAAUUCAACUGGACCAAGAAGCAUAAAGUAAAUGAAGCAAUCAGUCACUCGUAUAAGCCCAAAAAUGGCUAAUGAAGCACGGACGCUAAGUAUGGAGGGAAGAA